CUAAGACUUGGGAUUUGGAAUCUCGUGGAUCCUGCGGGUGGCCUAAUAAUUAUAGACACCCGAGGCCAGAUGACAUUACAACAGUGUAGAGCCCACGCACUUUUCACCUUUUCCACGCUCCCAGAUCAAUCAACACACACAAAGCGGCGCAAAGUCGGACCAAUACGGAAACAAUAAAGACCACUGGAGUUCUUCUUUAAUAACUCCUUUGGGAUAGUUCCCUUGCCCAUGGCUGUCAGCUAGUGGAGAUCUUAUUAGAUCGGUCAAUUUACUUCUGGCACUUUGGUCAGGGUCUAUCCCGAGUCCGCUGCGAAUACUACCAGUCUCGCAGGGCACAAAAGAAACACUUCGAAAGGUAUCUGCAGUCCUCCAGAUCAAAAGAUCCGUGGAAAGAGGAGCAAAGAAAAACCAAGGAGCUGAAAACAAGCAAUAGGCGAUCCGACUGGCGUGAGUGGAUCUCUCCGCAGGGUCCGUUCAACUCGUAUCGCAAUCGUACUUUAGCGCGGGAACUAUUGAUGCAAGCUGACGAACCGAACCAAGCAAACAAAAGGCAGGCAUUUCUGCUUACUGGUAUUCUUUUCUUACCCCGCACGAUUCGCCCUUGCGUCACGGUUGAUGGACAGAAUUCUCAAGUCGGAUGUGUUCUUUCCUUUUGCAAGAUGGUGGAACAGUCUAGAGCAUGAUUGAUGUUCGUUAUUUUCACGAUGGCUCGAAACUCAAUCUAUAGAGUUCUGCUCGUGUGGAUCACCACCUUUGGUUACUUAUUCGGCAUCACCCGAGCCGAGCCGGUUCAAUACUGCAAAUAUGGAUACAAAGGGAAGGAAGAAAAUGGCGACGUGGACUUUUGCAUGGCCGUCGCCAUGCACGAGAAUCAAUCUUCGAAUGCCUAUGACAUGUAUUUGUCCAUGACUGUCACGCGAGGGUCGGACCUUGGUUGGACUGCGAUCGGGACCGGUUCUGUGAUGGCUGGCUCGUUGAUGACCAUCGUCUACGGCGAGCCUCUUACCGGAGAGCCUCCAGUUGUCAGCAUAAGGACGGCAGCUGCACAUCACCAGCCUAAGCUGAUAACCAAAGAGCAAACGGGUGGUGCAGAUUUUCGGGUUCUCCGGGCAGAAUGGCAGGCUAUGGAAGAAGACGGCACGCUUACUACGCUAUCAUCCUCGUCAUAUGCGUAUGUCGCGGAAGUGAGUCUCGUCUGCUAUUCCUGUAAUCUGUGGCCGGCAAAAGGCAGAGGUAGCAGUAAGAUUUCCGCAACGGCAACGUCUCUCCCCUGGAUCUGGGCAUGGAAUGAGGACCAGGAAAUCUCAUCGCUCUCCGACGAUGCCCAUCUCAACGGACACAGGCACCGUCGCGGAAAUGGUGGAUGGGGCGAAUUCUAUGUGGACAUGUCGCGGUCCCUUAGGACCGCUGAGAACCCUCCACCUGUCCCAUCGAUUCAAUCUGGGGUUCGCACUCUAGGAACCUCUGAUAUACCUAUCGACAGGAGUAAACCAUCCACACUGUUUAACAAGGGGGCUAUACAUGGCUUCCUAAUGGGAAUAGCAUUCCUAGUUAUCUUUCCACUAGGAGUGUUGGCCAUGCGCUCACAAUCCAGCAAGUCAUUUAAAUAUCACUGGAUUAUUCAGUUCAUUGCCUCCCUCUGCACUGGUACAGGUGCGAUUAUUGGCAUCAUCAUGAGCCAUGGGUCAUUCAACUCCCCUCACCAGAUGGCCGGGCUGCUGGUAUCAGGUGUGCUUGGUCUUCAAGCGUUUCUCGGGUGGAGACACCAUGUAAUAUUUGUACGAGUCAGACAUCGAACCUGGAUCUCGCACGCGCACAUCUGGGCCGGAAGACUCAUUAUGAUUGUUGGCUGGGCGAACUUUCUCAGUGGCAUGCUUUUUGUAGCAACUGGCCAGUUCUGGAUUAUCCUAGUGUCUGCAAUCAUUGUCGGAGAAAUCGUCGGCCUCACCUUCUGGGUUUGGAGCUGUAAUAGGCACACAUCCCGCCAGUCUACUCCUGAGGCAUCGGAGCCCAAUAUUACAUGGCGAGGGGAGCGGGACGGGGAAUAUUUCGCAGUAGGUGAAGAUGAGGAAACGGAGAUGAACGAAAUGGGCGAUCAUGACAAGCAUGAGAGUAGUCCGUAUGACCCCAUGCUUCCCCGACAUGGUUCGCAUUAAAUUUUGGACAGUGGCAUGUUGUCUAGCUGUUCGAUUCAGCGGCAUGCUUUGACAUCCAACGUAGCAAAGCAAACAUUAGUCUCUGAAAAGAGACUCAAGAAUGAUACUCUGCCUUUUCUUUCAAUCAAUCUGGCACAAGUUGAAAUCUAGUAACUUUCCAAUUUAAACCAAAAAGUCUCCACCUUUGCCAGUUUCUGAUUUCUUCUCCCAUAUGGUAAGGGAAACAAGACCACCAGCCCAAGGUUAUACUAGUUAAGGACACAGGCCAACGCAACACCGCCGUAACCCUUACUAUACUUCCACAACCUUCAAGCCCUCAUAGCGAACAUGUCCUCACAUUGACUUCAAUACAAUAAAGUCUACAUUCACACACUGACAACCCCUCCUCAAGAACCAUCUUCCACAAUAAACAAAGUACAAAGUACAAAAUCCAACAAACCACCCUCAACCCUACACCUUCCCCCUCAGCUCAAACUGCUGAUCAACAACAUCGCCAACCAUA